AAAGUGUUAUACCUGUAACCUUGGUAAUGCUAUUUUGAUAGUAACACAUUCCAAACACCGCAGGAUAAGUUAUCAUAUAUUUCAUCAUUUUCAUCUUAUAUACGGCUAAUUUAGAGGAAACACAACGAUUUCAAGGUAGUUUUCGUGAGCAUUGCAAGAUUACGAUUGUUAAUCUGUGCACAGUAUCGCGUCGGGACAGAUUAUACAACAGUAAUUAGUGGAUAAAGUGGAAAUAUUUAAUAUUUCAUGUUUACUAGAAGACUUUGGCAGAUUCUACAAGGAAUUGUGAAAAAAAUUCACUUGAAGAAGAGAGUUUAAAUCGCGAUAUUUUUUCCAAAGUUUCAACAGAAUUGAGGAGAUAAACUAGGACUCUUGGAAGGGAUUGAAUUGGAUUUGACGUAUUAUUAACGAGAGAACGUCAUUAACUUCAUUAUGGGGACGAACUUGGGCCAAGAAAGGGAAGACCUCGCGAAAGCUAAAAGAGAUUUAUUGAUGCGAUUUAUAAAAGACCAGGAACAACUUCAAACAAGACAAGUUGCUUCAAUAUCGAGUAACAACGAUGAAACGUUUGAUAUACUCGAUGGCCUGACAACCGCUGAGGAUAACACAAACAUAAAAGGCGGCAUUAGGCCGAAGAAGUUAACUCAUAAACGAAAUGAACAAAGCAAGGCAGACGAGAAGCAAAAUAUACCAAGAAGUCAAACUUGUAUUCCCAACUUCAGAGUACAUCAAAGAGAACAUUCUUUUGCGGAGUUGAAAGAAGAGAAACUCCAUUCUCGAUUAAAGAGUGGUAAAAAAUUACAAGACAGGACGAAUCCCAUUGAAAGACCAGCAUCGGAGGCUUCCCUACGAAGACUGAGAUCAGCUCCGUCUUUCUCAGGUAGACAAUCCAGGACCGUAUUAAGGUCAGGAGAUAUUGAGGUUAAGGCUAGGAAAGUGCCUUCGCUUAGUAUUGUUGUUCCAAAUCAGGCUGGAGACGUUGAUAAAAAAACAAAACAACGAUCAUCGUUAACCUGCGCUCAGGUACGUUCACGAGGUGCUGUUGGAAUUUCAGCUGUGGAUGUUGAACUGUUUGAUAAACGCGCAGUCCCCACUCUACCUUAUGCUAUGUUUCAUCUACCACCUAUCACCUCAGAAACGGCACCAUCUCCCCCCUCAACAUAACGUUACGAAGCCAUUCAAUCAUAAUCCUAUCUUCAUGAAUCAUCAUGCACUAUGGAUAAAAACAAUGAAUGUUUUAGACUUGAACUGAGCCAAGUCUUUUGCAUGAAGUUCUAAAAAUUAACCUAGCUAUAGUGUUAUAAAAAAUCAACAAUGAUAGUAAAAAUUUUAACCACUCUCGUGUGUUUAAUGUGUAAUGUUCCAUAUUUUCAUAUUUAUCACAUGCAAAACAACAGGUUUACGUGCAAGGACAAGGUUAGCCA